UUGUCGGCAGAGGAGAAGCAACCACAGUUUCGCGAUCGUUACCUGCAAACAUUUAGCGCGAUAGUUUUCCACCACUGCUGUUAUGGUUUAACCAAACAUACAACAUUUUUUAUCCCCACCAGAGGAGUUAAACUGUAUUUCACCGACUGAGCAGCAAGCGAGCCACUGACCGCGGGAACAAUGUCCAGCCGUCUGGCCUUCCAGACCCAGCUGGCAUCCAUCAUGGAAGUCCUGGCUAACGCUGCCGUGGCGGAGAUCUGUAAGCUGGUUGACGAUGAUUAUGCCGUGGUUAGUUUGCAGAUGUCCCAAUGUCACAGAGAGAACAAAUCCCUGAAGAGGAAACUGCACCUACUUGAACUGAAGAUGGCGAGAGGGAACGCCGAGCGGAGGCUCCGAGAAAGCUCCACGCACAGUACCCGACCGAGGGUGCAGAUCAACUGCGGCGAUAGGCGCCGGGAGUCCUCACCGUCCACCGGUGGAGUGUUUGAGCGACAGAUGGAUAUCACUCUGUGGUCUGACAGAACUGCUACACGCAACACAGUCAGCCAGGCAAACCAUUCUGACAACAUCCAAAGUAUGUCUCCAGAUGUGGAGCUGGUGGAGCCAGAUGCAAUGCUGGUAAAGGAAGAGAAGGUGGAAGCAAACAUGUCUUGCAUUGAAGAAACGGAGGACGUGCCACUUAUAGGAGAUGAUGGAGUGCUGAAAUGUGUCCAUCGUGGAGGGUCUGGAGAGAGACUGAGGCUUGAGGAGCAGAAUACCCAGAUCCAAAUCAGCAGGACCAGGCCUAUAGGCAGCAACUGCAACAGCAGCAGAGGAGUGGAGAAGGAUGAUGAGCCAGAUGUGGUGCUGGUGAAGGUAGAGGAAGUGGAGCCGCUGUCGGAAUUUCAGAACCAAACAGACCUCAGCAUACAGGAGGGGUUGGUGGAGUCGAGCACAGAUGACUACAGAGGAGGGCUGCCAUUUGAUGACACCACGCCAGCUUCCACCAAUCAGCUUUUAGACCUGCAGGAGUCUGGGGGGGGCUUCUCAGAGUCUGCAGAGCCUCAGUCGACCCCCAUGAUAUCAGAAGAUUCCAGCAGCAAAGUGGCCGUCAAACACCGGGUACCAGACAUCAAGACGUCAGCAAACCCCAACGCACAACCACCAGCAGGGCAGAGAUCCAGUAACAGCACCAAACCAAGCUCCGAGUACUCUCUGUUUGAGCUCGAGACAUUCUUCACCCGCUGGGCUCCUGAAAAUGACUCUGUGUCCACCCCCGGUGGCCCCUCAUGUUCUUUCAGCAUUGAUGACUCAGCAGAGUUCGACACAGAUGGAGCAAAUAUUGUAGCGGCUGAGCCAUCAGUCUCCUCAGCAGUGAGGAUUAGUGGAGGGCAGAGUUUGUCCUCUGCAGCUGGAUGCUCCACAGUUCACAACCAGCCCCCCAUGCCACAAGCAGGGACAUCUGUGUCUGUACCUAAGAGGAUCCAGGUUCCAUCUUCCCAGCAUCCAUGGGGAAGAACACCAGCCAUGAUUAAAAGUGCACAGUCAGUGAAACAGCAGCAACACAACAAUCCCUCUGCACAGAGCACACUGUCCUCCAGCACAGCUGCUGCCGCUAACAGUAACAGUGGUGAUAUAACAAGUGUCUCUGGUAUCACCUCAACCUGCAGGACAAUGAGCUCCACUGUGGCUCCACAGUCAGCUUUAGCUCUCAGGGGAUCCCCAGCACUGUUGGCAAGCAUUGAUUUAGCAAUUGCUGCACAGCAACGAGCCAGCCUCCUGGGUCACCUCAGUAAAAGCCAGUCUGCCAGUAUCACCUCCGGUGAGCACCGCAGGAAAGGCUAUGUAUGCCAAGCGUGUGGUAAGUCCUUCUCCGGCUUGUCCAACCUGGAGGCCCACGAGAGAGUCCAUACGGGGGAAAAACCUUUCCGCUGCGACACCUGCGGGAAACACUUCUCAGAGGCAGGGAACCUGAAAAAGCACCAGAGGGUUCACACCGGGGAGAAACCCUUUAGCUGCAAGCAGUGUGGGAAGAGUUUUGCCUGGAUCUGCAAUCUACGGACGCACCAGCAGUCUGCCACAGGCUGCGGAUCACAGCUCAGUUGAGCAUAAGGACUGGGCUGAUCUCACACACUCUGCUGCUUUUAGUAGUAUUUCUUUCUUUUUUUUUAACUUUUAUUAGAACAAGUACCUUGACAAUGUCUCACACAGCCUGUCAUACAA